GAAAUUAUUAUUAUUUUUUUUGAAGGAAAAAAAAGAAAGAAAAAACCAUACUGCUAAUGAAGAGGGAGGGGGACAAGGGCGAGAGAGAGAGAGAGAGGGAGAGAGUGAGUGCUGUGUGCGAAGAACAAAACGAAAGAACGCGUUAGCUGAAAGAAAACAGUUGAAAGAAAUCCCCAUUGCCAUUAUUCACUUCUCUCUCUUUCUCUCUCUCUCUCUCUCUGACCCUGACAAUACCUACGGCUUAGGGUUUGAGCGAGCCCCUCUCGACUUCGUCGGAAGUUGGGAGAGGAGACAUUGAAUCUGGGUGGCUUUAUAGGGUUUUGUUCUUUCCUUCUAGGGUUUCACUUAUGCCCAUUAUUGUGCAACCAUUGAUGGGUUCUUCUUCUGUCAUCAAAUGGCACCACCUUUUCUAUCUCGUCUCUCUCUUUUCGAUCUUGUUCUCUGCUCAUGGCGACGCGGGUUCUGACAAAUCGGCGCUUCUUCGGUUCAAAAGCUCUGUUUCGGAUCCCUCCGGAGUGCUUUCCGGGUGGAAUUCAAGUAGUCCUGAUCCCUGCUCGUGGUUCGGCGUGCUGUGCAACUCCAAUUUUAGGGUUUUGGCCCUGAAUAUCACCGGUGGCGGCGGCAAAGGUAAUUCCAGUGCUUUCACUUGCGGUGAUUUAGCUCAGGUUCCACUAUAUGGGCUGGCUAUUAGGAGGAAAUGCUUGGAUAAUAAUGUGAAGUUAGUUGGAAAUUUGUCGCCUGUGAUUGCAAAGCUUACUGAACUUAGGGUUUUGGUGCUUCCUUUCAAUGAGUUGAGUGGGGUGAUCCCUAAUGAAAUUUGGGGCAUGGAGCAGUUGGAAGUUUUUGAUCUAGAGGGAAAUUUGUUUACUGGAUCUUUGCCGUCUCAAUUUCAGGGUUUUAGGAACUUGCAGGUUCUUAAUCUCGGAUUUAAUAGGAUUGCUGGAGAGAUGCCUACCUCCCUUUCGAACUGUAUGAAUCUAGAAAUCUUGAAUUUAGCAGGUAAUCAGCUUAAUGGAACGAUUCCUGGAUUUUUAAGUCAGUUGCGUGAGUUGAGGGAAGUGUAUUUGUCAUUUAAUCAGCUUGGUGGUUCCAUUCCAAUCGACUUUGGGAGAAAUUGUGCAAACCUUGAGCAUUUGGAUUUGGCUGGUAAUUUUUUCGUUGGUGGAAUUCCAAGUAGCUUGGGAAGCUGCAGUAAUCUGCGGUCACUACAGUUAUAUUCAAAUUUGUUUGAUGAGGUUAUUCCUCCUGAACUUGGUCGGCUUCAGAAGCUGGAAGUUUUGGAUGUUUCAAGGAACAGCCUCAGUGGUUUCAUACCACCUGAGCUUGGUAAUUGCUCUGAGUUGUCGGCUUUGGUGCUCUCAAAUCUGUUUGAUCCACUACCAAACAUCAAUAGCUCAAAAGAGAAUUCCUUAUCGGUGCAGUUGAGCUCUACUAAUGAUGAUUGUAAUUAUUUUCAAGGUGCCAUUCCUGCAGAAAUUACUGCCCUACCCAAGCUCAGGGUAGUAUGGGCACCAAGGGCAACUCUCGAGGGAAGGUUGCCGAGCAAUUGGAGUGCUUGUAACCGCUUGGAGAUGGUUAACUUAGCUCAGAAUUUUUUUGAUGGGAAAAUUCAUGCAGGGUAUCUUUGGUGCAAGAAACUUCAUUUUCUUGACUUGAGCUCAAAUAGGCUGACAGGGGAGCUUGUUGACAAACUUCCAGUUCCUUGCAUGACUCUGUUUGAUGUCAGUGGGAACCUUUUGUCUGGUCCUAUUCCCAGAUUUCUUUCUGAUACGUGCCCUGAUGUUCCCUCAAAUGGAUUUUCUUUAGACCUGGGCGACUUAUCAUCUGCAUAUAUAUCAUUUUUUUCAUACAAAACACAGGUUGGAACCCUUGCACGAUUGUCUGUAGGAGAUGUUGGUCUUGCAGUUUUUCAUAAUUUUGGUGGUAACAACUUUAGUGGUACUUUCCAGUCAUUGCCAAUUGCAUCAGAAAGACUAGGGAGGCAGACUACAUACUCAUUUCUUGCUGGUGGAAACCAGCUCACUGUUGCAUUCCCUGGAAAUUUAUUUGAGAAGUGUGAUGGAUUAAAUGCAAUGAUUGUCAAUGUUAGCAACAAUAAGAUAUCUGGUCAAAUUCCAGAAAGAUUUGAUGCAAUGUGUAAGUCUCUCCAAUUUUUGGAUGCCUCUGGGAAUCAGAUUUCUGGGUCCAUUCCCCUUAGCAUGGGUGAUUUAGUUUUUCUUGUUGCUUUAAACUUGAGUCAAAACCUGUUGCAAGGACAGAUUCCAGACACUCUUGGCCAGAUAAAGGGUCUGAAGUAUCUUUCUUUGGCUGGCAAUAACCUGACUGGCGCCAUUCCUUCGAGUUUAGGAAAUUUGAGCUCUCUAGAAGUGCUGGAACUAUCUAAAAACUCUCUAUCUGGUGAAAUUCCAAAACAUAUUGUGAACUUGAGCAGCCUGACUGCUCUCCUGCUCAACAACAAUAAACUCUCAGGGCAGAUUCCCUCUGGUUUGGCAAAUGUGACAACCCUCUCAGCAUUCAACGUGUCCUUCAAUAACUUGUCUGGGCCACUGACAUUGAAUGGUAACUUGAUGAAGUGCAGUAGUUUCCUUGGAAACCCUCUUCUUGGGUCAUCAUCAUGCAGACUGUUCUCCUUAACAGUGCCAUCUUCAGAUCCAGAGGGGAGAGAUGGGAAUUCACAAAAUUAUGCUGAUUCGCCACCAGGAAGUUCAACUUCUAGAAGAAAAAGCAGUCGUUUCAACUCAAUUGAGAUUGCAUCGAUAACAUCUGCAUCAGCCAUUGUUUCAGUUCUUUUAGCUCUUCUUGUCCUCUGCAUCUACACCUGGAAAUGGAAGCCACAGUCCACAAUUCUAAUGUCUGCCAAGAGGGAAGUUACUGUUUUCACUGAAAUUGGGGUUCCUUUGACGUUUGAGAAUGUUGUACGUGCUACAGGAAGUUUCAAUGCAAGCAACUGCAUUGGGAAUGGGGGUUUUGGAGCAACUUACAAGGCUGAGAUCUCUCCAGGUUUCAUUGUGGCAAUAAAACGGCUUGCUGUUGGACGGUUCCAGGGGGUGCAACAAUUCCAUGCAGAAAUCAAAACUCUUGGGAGGCUACGUCAUCAAAAUCUUGUGACUCUAAUUGGCUAUCAUGCCUGCGAAACUGAGAUGUUCCUCAUAUAUAAUUAUUUGCCUGGUGGCAAUCUCGAAAAGUUUAUUCAGGAAAGGUCUACAAGAGCUGUGGAUUGGAGGACACUCCACAAGAUUGCUUUGGACAUUGCCCGUGCACUUGCCUAUCUACACGAUCAAUGCGUGCCACGAGUCCUCCAUCGCGAUGUCAAGCCCAGCAAUAUUUUGUUGGACGAUGACUUCAAUGCAUACUUAUCUGACUUUGGAUUAGCCAGGCUUCUGGGAACUUCUGAAACACAUGCCACAACAGGAGUGGCUGGAACUUUUGGUUAUGUUGCUCCAGAAUAUGCAAUGACUUGCCGUGUUUCUGACAAGGCAGAUGUUUAUAGUUAUGGAGUGGUGUUGCUUGAGUUAUUGUCAGACAAGAAAGCCCUUGAUCCAUCAUUCUCUUCUUUUGGAAAUGGUUUCAAUAUAGUUGCUUGGGCAUCCAUGCUCUUGCGACAGGGCCGAGCCAAGGAGUUCUUCACUUCAGGCCUCUGGGAUGCAGGUCCCCAUGAUGAUUUGGUUGAGGUUUUACAUUUAGCAGUUGUGUGCACUGUUGAUUCUCUCUCUACCAGGCCUACAAUGAAGCAAGUUGUAAGAAGGCUGAAGCAACUUCAACCCCCAUCAUGUUAGCUCUUUUGGUGGGGGCAUCUGUUUAAUUGACAUUGUAAUGUGUAGAGGGUAAUCUCAAUUGUAAUUUGUUCUCUUGCACCCAAUCCUAGGUCUGGGCUGCUCGUAGGUUCAUUCUAAAUUGUAGUUAUUCCACUUGUAAAUUGUAAUAUAGUUUUGGCCUCAUUUUCGAUGUUGUUACCCUUGCUUGGGAGGGCUUACCAAUGAAUCUGCAGAAGAAUGCAGAUAUUCAUCUUCCACGUCAUUCGCGUGUAUUGAUUCCAUUUUUUUGUUUAAUACCAAAGAAUAGAAAUAUUUCCUCAAAAA